UUAGCGGCGAUGCUAUCUACAAACGACCGCCGCCACGGACGACGCAGCGACUUGCUCCGAUACUUAGCUCCUUAGUAUUUUGCUGAUAUUUCUUCUCCGUUUUUUAUUUAUUUAUGAAAUUUUAAUAUUUAGAAAUUUAAUCGCGAUCGCGACGCGUACACAAUCUCGCGAAAUAUUACUAACGAACGUGUGACGCGCAAUAUAUAAUUCGUUUCUUCUUAUAUUUUUCCGUGAAAAAUUAUUGAAUUUGUUGUGUAAUUUACCGAGAGUGUGGCAAGGAUACACGCAAAAAAGGUGGAAUUCAUCCGGUCCGGGGACAAACGGAAAGAGGGUGCCGAUAGUCGCAGGAAGUGAGAAAAGUGUGAUUCGCAUAUGUGCGAAAUUUGCAAGGGAAUUGUUGGGUAAUUGGGUCGAAAUUGCAGUGAUUGAAACCUCGGAGAGAUAGUGGUGGACUCUGGGGAGUUUCUGGCAAGGACUUUUGCUGCUGAACCGAAGGAAGCAAUCGCCAGGGAUCAAUGCCCGCCAUGGCUUCGAACACGAUUGUUUUGCGAAGCCUUUCCAUACUCCUGGGAUUAUUUUUUGUAUUCGUUGGAUUGCUCAAGCUAACGCCAUCGAUCAGCAAGGACCUGUACAAAGACUUGCGAAACGACUAUGUUAAGUACGCAAAAGUGUUUCCAUUUGCGGAGCUAUUCGGAUUUAAAGUUACAUCGAAGUGGUAUCGGAAAUGCGUUGGGGUAACAGAGGUUAUCUGUGGAUUGGCAAUGGCUGUAAUACCUCAUCAUAAAAUUAAAAACACUGCCAACGUAACGCUUUUGCUCUUGAUGCUUCUGGCUGUCUACUCACACCUUAUGGUCAACGAUCCCUUCGAGAGGACCGGACCGUCAUUGGUUUUCACAUUUAUGCUAAGCGGAAGGCUCGUUGUAUGGUAUCAGACAAGUCGCAAGGAACAGGAAGCGGCUGCCGCAUUCACCGCUCAAACUCAAGCCAACGGACUGAAACAGGAAUAAAGUCGAUCCCUAGUUUAUCUCGUUUAACACUGUGUGUUUAUUUGCGUAGAUCAAGCAAGCACAAUGCAUUGCAACAAAUUUAAAAAAAUGAAAGGAAGAAAACAAACAUACGAACCUGGUUAAAAUUCAAUGAAAACAAAAAAACGAACCAAUCCAAAAUACAAAUCAAAAUGACAUCGUUUAUCUAAAAAAAAAUGGAUCUAGUCAUUUCAUCCGUGAUAUUAUAGAAUACAUAAUUUAAUUUCUUUUCUCGAAUAAGGGCUUAGUUAUUAUUUUUAUAAUUUUUGAUUUGAUUUUAUCGUCUACACGUGUAAAUUGUUGCAGUUUCUUCAAAAACAUUUUAGACGUUGUGGUAGAACUUAGAUGCCAAUCUUAAAACUAUUAUUAUUUGUCCCUAAGUUUUAUGAAUCUUUAUCUGUAUUGUGCUGUGUUCUUCUGUUCAUGUUACGACUCACUAUCAUAAGGAAUAUUGUAUGCAUUCACUAAUAACUUUUAAAAAUACCUUUGCACCGUUUGUAAACAACAACAAAAACAAAAAGAAGAUUAUCGAUAAACGAAACGUGUUUUAAAAUAA